GUUUAAAUGUGGAGAAACUCGGCGGCGUGUUUCCUCCUGUGAACUAUAUUUCCCAUCAUUCCACUGAACUGGGCUGUCGUUACUGGAUGCGGGCGACCGAGGCCCAGAGCACAACAGAUAUUUGUUCUCGCAACGAGUUGCCUCAGUGAUUCUCCCGAUGCAAUAAACUCUGACGUCACCGCAGGAGAGCUGCACGUCUCACCCCAGGAGGGCUGCACGUACUGUCUCUCUCACCCCAGGAGGGGUGCACAAACUGUCUCUCUCUCUCUCACUCCAGGAGGGCUGCGCUACGGUCUCUCUCACCUCAGGAGGGCUGCACUACUGGUCAAAAUGUCCGAAACCUCGAGUGAUACAGAAUCCUCCUGUGGAUGGACUCUGAUCAGCAAUGAGGGUUCAGACAUAGAGAGCCUGGGCCUUGAUCAGGCACUGGAAUUCGGGAAUGGUCCGGCCAGCUUUCCUCCCGUUCGGGAGCCAGACUUGCUGGUUCCUUCCGCUGGUUGCUUUGAAGGGAAAAGCGAUCCACUAGAUGAAACUGUGCUGGAAAAAACCUUUGAGGAAACAAUGUCAGCAUCUGAGGCCCUAGGGGGCGCCGCAUCCCAGGAGCACGUGGCGCUCUGCUCCUCCAGCGACCUCUCCUCCUCAGACAUCAUGACCUUAGGAGACAUGAAGGAGCUGGAGGACGAGGAGGACGAGGAGCGGGGUGAACCAGCAGCCAACGAGGAGUCCUACAUGGGAACCUCGUCCAGCAGUCAGUACACCUUCACGGCCGUAGAGACCGCAGGGGGUUCCUGGAGGCUUCCUCAGACUCUGUGGCGGUUAGGCCUCCGGCUGAGGCUGCGGCUCACCGGGAGCAGCUCCCUGCCAGUGCUGCCGGCCGAGCCGCCCCCGCCGCCCCCGUCCAGCAGCAGCAGUGAGGACGAGUCCGUGGGCGGAGCCGCCACCGCCCUGCGGAGGAGGCGCCCCCGGAGGAACACCGGCCCCCUGCUGGCAGACCCCCCGGAGGGAGGGGCGCCGGGGUCUGGCCAGAGUGAGGAGGAGCAGGAGCAGGAGCAGGCGGAGGAGCAGAAGGGGGAGGAGGAGCAGGAGGAGGAGGGGGAGGAGGUUCCCCAGGCCCAUGAGGCUCGCGGGGCCCGGGUCCCAGGGCCGGGGGAGGCCGGCUGCAGCCUCAACACGUGUGUCCUGCUGGUGCUGCUGGUCGCCGUCAGCAUUAGCGUGGGCCACUACUACGGCCAAUCUCAGCAGCCACACUGUAGGAAGGAGUUUGUGUGUGGGGAUCCUGACGCAGUGCUGGAAGAGUGUUUGAGAACCUUUUUUAAAGACGAGGACCUGGCUUGGUUUCCCAAAGAAGAGCUCAAUCACAGAAGCUUCGUGGAGAUGAUUAUAAAUAUAUCGAAAGAGAACGAGGAGCUCAAUAUACGACAGACCCUGCUACAGGCCCAGAGCUAUGAGCUGGAGGUGCGGCUGCAGCAGGGGGUGGAGGAGAGGGCCCUGAUGGAGGCCCAGGGGCAGCGGCUGGCCUCGGAGAAGCAGCAGCUGCAGAGCUCCCUGGAGCAGGAGCAACGCUCUCUGUGGGGCCUGCAGGAGGAGCUGCGGGCUCUGCGCUCCGAGGUGGCCCGGCUCGGGGCCCGCGGCGCGGACCCCCUGGUGUCGGAGAACCAGAGGCUGACGGAGCAGCUGGAGGAGAGGCGGGCGCUGGGGCGCGGCGUGCUCAGCCAGAGGGACGCAGCCAUGGCGGAGACGCGCUCGCUGAGGAAGGAGCUGGACCGGGAGAGGAGGUUCACGGAGGGCCUCAGGGAGGAGCUGGAGCAGCUGGCCGGCAGCAGCGCCGGGGCGGAGCAGAGCCAGGCGGAGACCCAGACGCGGCUGACGGAGCUGGAGAAGAGGCUGGGCUUUGAGCAGCAGCGCUCGGACCUGUGGGAGCGGCUGUACGUGGAGAGCAAGGAGGAGAAGGCCAAAGGAGACACUCCGCCCAGAGCCCAGAAGUCCAAAGAGGGCAUGGCCGGGAAGUUGAAGAAGACCUUCGAGGCAGUGAAGAACUCCUCCAAGGAGUUUGUCCAUCACCACAAGGAGCAGCUCAAGAAGGCCAAGGAGGCAGUGAAGGAGAACCUGAGAAAGUUCUCUGAUUCCGUCAAAUCAACCUUCCGCCAUUUUAAAGAUUCCGCGUCGACGUUAAUCAACAAGGCCACCGCCGAGUCCAAGAGAUUCAACAACGCUAAGGGCCCCUGGAACUUUAAGGGCCCCUGGAACUUUAAGGGGCCCUGGGACGCUAAGGGGCCGUGGCAGCAGGGGCCCCACAGGCCUCAGCACAGCCACUCCUCUGAGUCCACCGAGGGCUACAAGCGCAGCCAGAACACCCGUAAGUCAGGAGACAAAGUCCAUGAGGACGGAGACACGCAGAGCCAGCGAGAGGCCCCCAGGCGGGGCCAUGGCUUCAAGGGCUCCCCGAGUCUCUUCGGAGAAGGAACGGAGCCCGUGAGAGCGGACGAGUUCCACCAGCUCCUGCAGAGCUACCUCCAUCAGGAGGUGGAGGACUUCCACCACUGGAGGGAGUUGGACAGGUUCAUCAACAAAUUCUUCCUCAACGGCGUGUUCAUCCACGACCAGAUGCUGUUCAAAGACUUUGUCGGUCGCGUGGAGGAUUACCUGGAGAACAUGCACGAGUACUACGGCCUUGAUGACGGGGUGUUUGCAGACCUCGAUGAGUACGUCGACAGGCACUUCUAUGGAGAGUCAAACACUAAGAGCUAUGGGCCAAGACCUACGGAGGGUCCCAGUAAGCAGACCAAAGAAAGCCUGCAGGUCAAGCAGCAGCAGCAGCAGCAGCAGAGAGCGAGGUCGCGACCCCAGAGAGAGAGGAGAUCUAGCCGAUCAGGAGGGAACUCAGACACACACAUGGCUGACGUCAAAAUUGAAUUGGGCCCAUUGCCGUUUGAUCCAAAAUAUUAACAUAUGCAAAUAGUGUCUUUCCACUUACUUUAGAAUUAUUUCCUGAUUUGCUUUGGACUAAGAGUCUUAAAUGUUUUGCACAAUGUUUCCUGUAUAAUGCUACUGAAUUUGAGCUUUUUGUGUUUAGUUUUCAAAUAGUUGGGAAUGUACUUAAAAGCCAUUCCGACAGGCAGUGUUCCCCAAGUGAUCUGGUUCCUUUGAUCUACUUUAUAAAUUAGAACUUCAAACCACAACAACAGAUUAGUUAUUGUAAAUGAUCAACUUUCAAGAAGCUGUUGAGCAGCAAGGUUUGGAUUCUCAUUAGACGUGAUGUUUUAUUGUUCAAGUUGAAUUGGACUUGUUGCUGUACUUCACGUUGUUGUGAAGUUCUUUGCCAUGGUUAGAGCGCUUUUAAAUGUUCCAACUCUACAUUCCACUUCUCAUCUUGUUCUGGAUGUUUUAUUUGACCUUCAAGUUUGGCGUGUUGGAUGAUAAACAAAAACAAUAAAGAAAAACUAAACUCAGA